AACGCCCUAGUGAUAUUAUAAGCUUCAUUGGCACUUUAAUUGCGUCAAAAUACAGCCUAUUUACAAACUAUACUUUACAAAUACGCCGGCUAUAUUAGAGGCGUAACAUUUCAAAACAAAGCACUGAAAAACACAUUCCGAUAGCCACCGCCCAGUACAGACGUAUCAAAAUGAAAUCGUUCAUCGAAUAUUCUCCGAGCACUGAUUUUCCUAUCGAAAAUCUCCCUUAUGGAGUCUUCACUUCACCUAACAAUAGCGAGAAACACAUUGGAGUGGCAAUCGGGGACUUAAUUCUUGAUUUGAACGUGAUCUCUCAUCUGUUUGACGGGCCCCUGCUGAAAUCGAAACAGAAUGUUUUUAAGGAAGAAAAGCUCAACGCGUUCAUGGGUCUCACUCGGCCGCACUGGUUGGAAGCGAGGGCCACGCUGCAGAGGCUCCUAGACGCUUCCAAUCCCACUCUACAAAACGACAAAGAAUUGAGAAAAAAGGCAUUUGUAAAGCAGAGCGAUGCACAAAUGCACGUGCCGGCUGAGAUUGGAGACUACACGGAUUUCUUCUCGCCACUAUACCAUGCCACCAACUGUGGGAUCAUGUUUUUGGGGACAGAUAUCAACGCCUUUAAAAACUGGAAGCAUCUGCCAAUUGGUUACCACGGUCGCAGCAGUUCUAUUGUAAUAUCUGGAACACCUAUCACAAGACCUUACGGACAGACCGUACCUGCACAAAGCUCUAUCCCUCAAUUCGGACCCUGUCGCCUGAUGGACUUCGAGUUGGAGAUGGCAGCGUUCGUAGGCGGACCUCCCACUGCCCUCGGAGAGAGGAUCGCGGCUAAGGACGCUGAGGAUCGCAUCUUUGGUCUCGUACUCCUGAACGAUUGGAGUGCUCGCGACAUCCAGAAAUUUGAAUACGUGCCUCUCGGUCCCUUCACAUCCAAGAAUUUGGGUACAACAAUAUCGCCCUGGAUAGUGACCAUUGAAGCUUUAAGACCCUACAUCGUGGACAACUUCCCACAAGACCCAACACCCUUCCCAUACUUGAGACAUGAUGAUAAGUUCAACUUCGAUAUCAAGCUAGAGGCUGAUUUGAAACCGGAAAAUUCCUCUGAAGCCACCACGAUCAGCCGGACUAACUACAGCUACAUGUACUGGACGGUGAAGCAGCAGCUCGCGCAGCAGACCGUCACCGGCUGCAACCUGAGACCUGGAGACCUGCUCGGCUCCGGCACCAUCAGUGGAGAGAGGCCAGAUUCCCUUGGCUGCAUGUUAGAACUCUCAUGGAAUGGGACCAAGCCUCUCCGUCUGCAAUCUGGUGAAGAGAGGAAGAUCCUUGAAGAUGGAGAUACGGUGACUCUUCGCGGGUACUGUAUAAAUGAUAACGGCGUGAGGAUCGGCUUCGGGAAAUGCGAAGGAAAACUUCUGCCUGCUGUACCUUUAGAUUAAUCAAUUUUAAUAAGACAAAAAGUCAGUAACCAUUUAAUAUACCUCCGAAUAUAUUGAUGAUCAAAUUAUAA